AAGGGAACACUCUGUACCAUCAUAUAUUUCAAACUGAUUAUUCAAGAAAUGCUUUAUAUGGAGAACACACAGUAAAUAAUAAAGGGGAAUUAAUUUAUGUAGACACUAACAAAAAUAUUCACAAACUUUCUCCAGGUAAUGGAAUGAAGUCUACACUGAUAAAGGGAACAGACACAUGGCAACCAUUGUGUGUCUAUUUCUCCCCCGCCAAUGGAGAUCUACUAGUCGGUAUGUUUAGUUAUGUUGAAGAGACAUGCAAGGUAAACCGAUACAAUAUUACAGGGCAAUACAUACAGGCCAUACAACACGACAACAAGGGUCAACGACUGUACAGGGGCCCUAAAUACAUCGUGGAGAACAACAAUGGAGAUGUCAUUGUGUCUGACUUUAACCAGGUAGUUGUGACCGAUGAUGAGGGAAAAUAUCGCUUCACCUACACAGGAAUUCCAUCAGGAUCACUAAUACCACGUGGAAUCUGCACAGACUUGCUGUCACACAUCCUGGUGUGUGAUCAUAACACUAACACACUGCAUAUCAUUGACAAAGACGGUAACUUGUUGUCACAGAUACUGACACGAAAGCAAGGACUUCAUACACCAUACAGCGUAUGUUAUGACAACAAAACCCAUUUCCUCUGGGUUGGAUCAUGGGAAGACAAUACAGUGUGUGUAUAUAAAUACUUGACAAGAGAAUGCUGUAGGACAGGUACUGAUGUAGCUGACCAGUCUAAUAAAUUCAACACAAGGAAAAUCUUUGUGAAUGUAUGA